CACAGUGUACACUUGCCGGAAAAGAUUGUGAAAAUAUUAUUUCGUAUACACCUUUCGAAGAACCAAAAUGAAUGCUGUAACUAUACUCGUCGUUCUGGCCUGUAUUGGCUUCUCCUCUGCUUACUUGGAAAGAUGUACGACUGGAGCAGACUGUGCUGAAGGUCAAUGCUGUUUGUUUGGAAAACUGUGUGCUCCCAAACUGCCACGUUAUUCAACAUGUUACUUAACGGGCAAGCAUGGUUGUGGAUGUGUUGAAGGUACCUCGUGCCAAGUAACAUUCAGCCAUACCUUGUUUGGCAAGACAUUUACUCUCCGUCAGUGUAUGAAUGAUAAAGUUGGAGAAGAAAAGAAUGUCCGAAGAAGCAUAAUCAGAACAUGCAGUGUUGACAGUGUUGCUGCAGACUGUGGACCAGGACGAUGCUGUUUGGGUGGAAAGUACUGUGCACCUCUGAUUCCAAAAUACGUUCCUUGCAAUCUCGAGGAUUCACACAAAUGCCCCUGUGCCAAAGGGUUGGAAUGCAGAGUGACAAAGUCGUUAACAAUACCAGCUAUCCUUGGCAUCACAGACUCAAUAACUCUGAGUUUAAGGCAAUGUAUGCCUAAAGAUGAAAGCGUCGUAAUUGAAGAGGUUGAAAUGACAGAGGAGUAAGGAUCCUGUUGACGACAAAAAAUAAGGAAGUUUAAAACAAAAAUAGAUUGAUUGUAGCUGCAUUUCAAUAAAAUCAAUAAAAAAUCAAUAAAACUGCAUUGAA